AGCAUGAGCCGGGCCGGCGUCCCCCGCUCGCCGGCGGGGCUGGGGCUGUGAGGGCCGCGGUUCCGGACUGAACUUGCCGCGUCUGGCCAGGCGCGCAGCCGGAGCCCAUGGAGCUGGAGGGGCAGUGGUGGCGAGGACAGCUGGCUGCCGAUAUUCACCAAGCGCUUCGGUACAAGGAGCUGAAGUUGCCUUCCUACAAAGGCCAGUCUCCUCAACUAAGUCUCAGACGGUAUUUUGCUGAUUUGAUUGCCAUUGUGAGCAAUCGCUUCACGCUCUGCCCCUCUGCCCGACAUCUUGCUGUCUAUUUGCUGGACCUGUUUAUGGAUCGCUAUGACAUCUCUAUCCAGCAGCUGCAUUUAGUUGCGCUUUCCUGUUUGCUUCUAGCAAGUAAAUUUGAAGAAAAAGAAGAUAGUGUACCUAAGCUGGAACAGCUCAACAGCCUGGGUUGUAUGACUAAUAUGAAUCUAGUAUUAACAAAACAAAAUUUGCUACAUAUGGAACUAUUAUUAUUAGAAACUUUUCAGUGGAACCUCUGCCUUCCAACAGCAGCCCAUUUCAUUGAGUAUUAUCUCUCUGAAGCAGUACAUGAAACAGAUCUUCAUGAUGGCUGGCCAAUGAUUUGCUUGGAAAAAACUAAACUCUACAUGGCCAAAUAUGCAGAUUACUUUCUGGAAGUAUCUUUGCAAGAUUAUGCCUUUCUAAAUUAUGCACCUUCUUUAGUAGCUGCUGCAUGUGUGGCUUCUUCAAGGAUUAUACUUCGUCUUUCUCCAACGUGGCCUACAAGACUACAUCGUCUUACUGCUUAUUCCUGGGAUUUCUUAGUGCAGUGUAUUGAACGGCUAUUGAUUGCGCAUGAUAAUGAUGUGAAAGAAGCAAACAAGCAGAGAGGACAGGCAGGACCACAGUCAGCACAACUAAGUGUGUUCCAGACAGCCUCCCAGCCCUCACGGCCAGUUCACUUUCAGCAACCUCAGUAUCUCCACCAGACACAUCAGACCUCACUGCAGUAUCGCCAUCCUGUAUCAGAACAACCAAGCUGUCAGCAGAUUGUAUCUACCACGCACACCUCAUCUUACACCCUACAGACAUGUCCUGCUGGCUUCCAAACUAGUGUUCAGGGCCUUGGGCAUAUGCAGACUGGUGUUGGUAUGUCACUGGCAAUACCAGUAGAAGUUAAGCCCUGUCUGAGUGUUUCUUAUAACCGGAGUUAUCAGAUAAAUGAACAUUACCCAUGUAUUACUCCAUGCUUUGAAAGGUGAUUGUGUGUGAAGGUAAUAACCCAGACUGUUUUGUGACUUGAUGCUCUGGGGCAAGCUUUUUGUAAACCUCCCUUCAAAAGGAAAGGGACCCGAAUGACAUCAGAACUCUUCAGGUACCAGCGUCAGGAAGACUGAAUAUCCCUUUCAGUGUACCAUAAACACUUGGGGGAGGACUAAGCAAAUACUGCACACACUUUAACAGGGUAUGCCAAAUCCUGUUACAACAAAUCCCCAAAUGACAAAAAUAUUCAAGCCCCGGCUAAUGGUCCACAUAUUUCAAAAAUAUUCAAUACAACAGAAAAUUUGGAUAGACUCCAGUUUGCUGUUUUGAGAUUUGACCUGUGGUAGGUUCUGGGCCUAAUGUCGGCUUAUAUGUCAAAGACUAAUGUUUAUCUGUAGACUUGCCAAACAGUCUUUUAUGAAGGAAAAAAUUCAGUAUUAAUUUCUGAAGAGGUCCUUUUUUUUUUUUAUUCUGCAGUUUUAUUUUUGAUCUACAGAUUUUUUGACUUAAGUUUAAACUCGUGAAUUGCUAUGCUAUACCAAUCUGUGCAGUAAAAAAAUUUUUAGAUGGUUCUAUAUAACUCCCUAUCAUAAAUAGUAUAGGAAUCUGGAUUUAUGUAGUAAAGUUUAGAGUAGAUCUCUUAAAGUCAUGGUCAUAAUUUUUUUGUUUUUUCCCUAAGUGAUCAACCUCAAAUCUUUAAAAUUAAAACACAUUUAACUCAGGGAAUUUGUACUACUUGGAGACACUUAACUGUAAUGCAACAGGCUUUGUUACAUGUUAUAGUAUGAAUUACCUUUAUAACAGGUUAAAAUACUCCUGCUAGGAUGUUUUCAAAUGAAAACAUAAUAUAGCUCAGAAUGAAUGAAGUGGUAGUUCCUAUCAUUCACAAUACAUAUAUAGGUUUUGCACUUGUUAGUGCAAUCAAUGAUUUAUACUCAGAUUUUAUACUACUACAAAAAAUGUUUUCAAGGGAAGGCAUACCUGUAAAAUGUCAGUACUAGAAUAAAGUCUCACAGGUUAAUUUUGGAGUGAACCGUGGCCAGGGUAGUUCUCAGGUCGUGCUAGAGCAGCAUGUUGUUAGAUAGAAGGCAGGUUUUACAAGCAACCUUUAAAACCAGCUAGUCAAUCUAAGCAGGCAAAGGUACUGAUUACUAAAUUUCAGUAGCUAACUUUCAGUGGAUUGGCCCAAAACUGCCCUGUGACAUUUCACUGAACUGGUUAUGAGUGGAAACAGCAAUAACAGUGGUUACAGUAAGGGCAAUUUGGGGGGAUAAACAGAAAAAUCAUUGCAAUAACUGACAAACUAUAGAGUCUCUUAUCUGUGAGAGAAGAGAGAUUUGGUGGAAGUUUUCAGGUUUAAAAAUUAGUAAGGUGUGUCUUUUUGUUUGUUUUUUUAAAGAUAGCACUUGAAUAGAAGGAAAUAUGCAUGGCAGGUAUGUGACUGCCACAUAUGUUUUGAAGACAAACAUUAUUAUAAAGAUGUGUGGGUAUGCAGCAGGAGUCUCAGUAAUCAAGCCAAUGGCUUUUAAUAGGAAGGGAAGGGGCUCAAGACACAGUAAUGGACUGAUCCAGAUAGCUCCAGUGGGUGAAUAUGGGUAGGUGGCUUCUGCCAGCAUGAAUUCUUAGAGUAAUGUCCUUUCCAUAAAAGGAAAAUAACUUUUAUAUUUAGAGUACAUAUGGCAUGAAGUGGAUUAGUCUGGUAGAUAAAAAACCACUCGGGUAAGAACACUCACUUAUGGCAGUUUUUCAAGCAUAAAAAUUGUUUUCUGAAAGUAUCAUCACUUUUCCUCUUUAAAGAAAGCUGCUAAUUGGAUUUUGGUAGUUUUUACCUCAAGAAAACUUGAAUUAUUGGAGGGAAAGUGGGUUCAAAAGAGAAUAUAUCUUUCACAUUCACAUUCAGAACCCAGCAAACUGGAGUCCAGUUUUCAGUAUUUUAACUACCUCAAUAAUACUAUGAAUGUAAGAUACUGGGAUAGAGAUCCCAACUUGAAACAACAAACAGUGCCUGUGGUAAUUUAAUGUCUUGUCAAAUGCUUUUAUUGAUUGGUUUAUAUGUCAUUCUUGUUAUAGAAGAAUAUGCCUUUUUAAAAAGCUUAUUAAUAAU